AUGUGGACCAACUUCUCGCCGGAGCGGCUGCGCACCCACAAGGUCACCGUCAUGGAACUGAUCUGCGCCAGCCCCUGCGUGACCACCCUCGUCUGCAUGUCCAUGGAAGCACGACACCGCAGCGAGGGCACCACGCUGGACGAGCAAGCCCACCGCGCCCGGCACCGGCUGGGAGCACGAGGCAACGCCCUCACCUUCCCGCUGCCCUGGGAAGACCUGCUGCAGCAGCUACAGGCGCACGACGCACGAGCAGCACCAGCCGGCGGCAGACAAGAGGAGAACAGAGGAGACGCAGAGAAUCCCGAGGAAGCCGCAGCCGCAGCCGAGACAGCCUCCGGCGUCGUGCGCGUGCAGCUGAAGACCAACAAGACCGGGAAGACCACGGACGCGGAGAUCAAGACCUUGCUCCACCAAGCGACGGUGCGCAGAGACGUGGUGGUGCAGCUGAUCCUCGACAUGAAACGCUCGGGGCACCCCUCUUUCCAACAGCUCCAGGAGGGGGCCGUCCGCGCGGCCGCGGCGCGGUUGCCGGAGGACGGCGUGCCGCCAGAGGUGCUGAAGGUCAUCAGCAGCCUCACGGAAGAAGAAGAGACGGACCACAAGCUGCAGCCGCAGAAGGCGGCCACGCCGACGGACGGGCGGGAAGAAGACUUCCGGCGCGCCGGGGCCAUCUUCAGCAAGCAGCGCGCGCGAGCCGUGGUUCCGGAAGGUUGCAGCCAAGACCGGGAGGAUCAGAACGCCGUGGCCAGGAACGCCCUGAACGACCUGGAAACUCAGCUCCGUUCAAGUAACGAGGGAGUCCACGAAACCCUGGAGGUGCGCACGGGCAAUGCUUUGGUGGACCAGUUCCAGCCGCUCUACUUCGCCACGGCCUUCUGCUUCUGCUUCAAGCACGGCACCGCGUGCCCGGACGUCCAGAACACCGCAGCAGCGGCCCGCCGCAACGAGGAGCAGCACGCCGGGCGGCGCAAGAUCCGAAACCCGGAGGCGCCCCACGUGGGCAUCCACGCAUGGGCGGCCGCCAUGCAGCGCCGAGCCGAGACUCAAUUCCGCCGAGACUGGACCUUCGGCUUCACCCUCUGGAAUUACCUGUUUCGAACCAUGGUCAACACGCAGCAGAACGCCUUCAUGUACAGCGUGACCGAGGAGAACAGCAAGCAGCAACGAAGGCUGACCAGCAAGGAGAUCCUCGAGGGACUGCGCGCAAUCCAGCAGGGGCUGCACAGGGGCCACUACCGCGACAUCAACAACGAGAUCAAGGCAGUGAAGGGCGACCUCAGCAAGGUCCGCUUCGUCCCGGGCCUCUCCGAUGCGGCGCUAAAGGCGGGAUUCCUCCAAACGUAG